CCCCCUCGCAGCCUUCGUGUUCUGUCGCAUCCAUCUAGCAGAGCACCCGUCCUGCCUCGGCCCCACCUGCCCGGGCAGCCGAUGGCUGGUGCUUGCCCACGUCCCCUGGUGAAGAUGGGCUGGGGAAACCGCGGGGCCUCUCCUGCCCUCUUCUUCUGGGAUAUCCCCGCUGCCCAGCUUUACAAGGGGUUUCCCAUCGCCCGGAGUCCUGCCCUCUGCUCCGGGAUCACCGGGUCAGUUUAAUGAGUUAACGCUGGCGCAGCAGUUCUGGAGGGGUAAGUGCUGUGUAAGCACUGAGUCUCCCGUUUUGGGCUUCCAGCAGCCCGGCUCUGCUGCCCAGAGCACCGAUAACCGCCCGGGGCACAAGGGGCCGGCUCAGACCGACCCCUGGGGGCAGAGGGGACUCUGUGAAGGGACAGUGAAACUCCAGCCUUGGAGCGAGGCAGCUCAAGUGGCCGAGGGGGUGGUGAGGGCAGGGGCAGACUCUCGGCAUGGCUCGGCCAGGAAGGAUUUUCGGGAAGGAGCCCCGGGCUGAGGAGCUGCCCAUCUUUCCCGUGACGGGAGCAGGACGGUGGCAUGGGUCCGGCAGUGCCCAUCUCAGUGCUGUGACCCUGGCAGCCAGCCGGGCUCGGCGGGACACAGACCUGCAUCCUCCCCGUCGUCCGUCCGUCCCGCUGUCUCCUCCCAGCUGUGAGCCCGCAAGGAGUGGCAGCUGGGGGCUAUAUAAAGGCAGGGAAACCUCAGCCAGCUCAAAAGAAAGUCUUGGAUCUUGUGUUCUCCCUUCCUCCUGCCUUCACGUGAUUCAGCUUCCCCACGCCGGGAGCCGAGGACAAGCCUCGCUGUACGAGAUGGCUGCCGGCAGCUGCCUCCUUCUCCUCCUGCUGCCCUCGUUGGUCAUAGCCUUGCACAGCUCUCCGGGCUGUAAGAUCCGGAUUACUUCCAAGGGACUGGACCUGGUGAAGCAGGAGGGGCUGCGCUUUGUGGAACAGGAGCUGCAGAACAUCACAGUGUCAGACCUGCAUGGAAAUGAGGGACAGUUCCAGUACAACAUCAGCCAAGUCAAGGUGACAGACCUGCAGCUGGCCUUUGCGGACCUGAACUUUCAGCCCCAGCAGCACCUUGUCUUCAACAUCAACAAUGCUUCCAUCAGCCUACGCUUCCGCAGGCAGCUGCUCUACUGGUUCUUCUACGACAUUGGGUCCAUCAAUGCGUCUGCGGAUGGUGUCCACAUCUACACAGUGCUGCAGUUGGCCAAGGAUGAGGCUGGGCGCCUCAAGAUCUCCAAUAUGACCUGCAAUGCCUCCAUAGCCAGAAUGCAUGCUGGCUUUUCUGGCACUCUCAGGAAGGUCUAUGAGUUCUUGAGCACCUUCAUCGUCACAGGGAUGCGCUUCCUCCUCAGCCAGCAGAUCUGCCCAUCCCUGGAGCAUGCCAGCAUGGUGCUGCUGAACUCUUUGCUGGACACAGUGCCUGUGAGGAACUAUGUGGAUGAGCACGUUGGGAUUGACUACUCCCUCCUACGGGAUCCAUCCAUCUCCACUGACACCCUUGACCUCGACUUCAAGGGCAUGUUCUUCCCUCGGGUGAGAGAGGACCAGGAGCUGGAGAACCACGCGGUGGAGCCGGUGAUUAAGGAGACUGAACGCAUGGUUUAUGUUGCCUUCUCUGAAUAUUUCUUCGACUCAGCCAUGCACUCGUACUUCCAGGCAGGAGUGCUGACCAUAGAGCUCCAGGGGGAGAAGGUGCCCAAGGACCUGGAGGUUUUACUGAGAGCCACAUUCUUUGGAACAAUCUUCAUGCUGAGCCCUUCUGUGGAUGCUCCGCUGCGGCUCGUGCUGCAGGUCUCUGCUCCUCCCCGCUGCAUCAUCAAACCCUCGGGGACCUCAGUCUCUGUCUCUGCUUUCCUGAACAUCUCCCUGGUGCCCCCGGACCGUCCUCCUGUCCAGCUCUCCAGCAUGGCCAUGGAAACCAAGCUGAGUGCCAAGGUAUUUCUGCAAGGGAAGGCAUUGCGUGUGCAGCUGGACCUAAGACGGUUUCGCAUCUAUUCCAAGCAGUCAGCGCUGGAGUCACUUGCGCUGUUCUCACUGCAGGCCCCACUGAAGACCCUGCUGCAACUGACCAUCAUGCCCAUCAUUAACGAGAGGACAAAGAAGGGGGUGCAGAUCCCACUGCCUGAAGGCAUGGACUUCACCAGGGAGGUGGUCACCAAUCAUGCGGGAUUCCUCACAGUGGGAGCUGAUCUCCACUUCUCCAAGGGGCUUCGGGAGGUGAUUGAGAAAUACCGCCCAGUGCCAACUGCUUCUGCCUACUCCAGCUCCCAGCCCACAGAGCCCAGCCUGGACCCCAGCUCACUCUAGCCCUCCUCCCUGGACCAAGGGCAGAUCCUGGGCUGGACCCAUAGACUGUAGGUAGGAAGCAGCUUCCCUGGUACCACCAGCACAUUGUCAGGGCUUCCAGGCCCUGGUGGGGCGCAGCAAGGUGGAGAGGGUGCUCUGGGAACCCCUGCUGCACCCCUGCUCAUUACACUAAUAAACCACCUGACUCCAACCACA